AUGUGGCCAGAAGAGUUAUCAAACUCAUAUUCAUCACUUGAUUCAGAAAACAUCCCAAAUUUCACCAAGGGCUGCUUUCCUUCGAACGAGUAUUUACCUUUACGAUUCUAUUUCAUUAGACCAAAGGUGUUUGACUCAAGGGAUUUCAUGUCUAAAGUUUCUCCUUCUUUUUCAAUCUUUGGGAAUUGGUUGAUGAUGAUCAUCUAUAGAAACCAUGGGUACAUGAGAAAUUUAUGUAUUUUCUUUCCUUUAAUAUUCACAAUCAAUUCUUUCAAGAUAAAUUUGGAAAAGUUGAAAUCAAGACAUGCAGCAAGAACGACGAUUGCACCCGUGUUCUGUAGAGAGAUUUCAUCCGCUCCACAUUUCUUGCCCGAGAUGCAGCUUACAGUUAGGGGCCAACAUUUUGUUUCAUUUGAAGUUGCGAAAUCUUGA